AUGUCGCUCUGGGGUAGUCAGAAGCGUCCGAAGGACAAGCUCGACAUCAGCGGGCUGAAGGAGUUCAUGCAGAUUCACGUCUCCCUGCGCAAGUUCUACUUCGACCUCCUCUACCCUCCCGGCCCCAACGGCCGCCGCCGCGCCAUGUUGCGCUUGGGCGCCCUUUGGUGCGAGAGCUUGGGCGCGAAAGGAGCGCCGUACCGGCUUUGGUCUUGUUUGGCACCGCCCUUGGUGGUUGUGACUCUCCCAGUGGGAGACCCGAUGCACAAGCAUCCAGCCCUUGGCUUGCAGGUACAAGAGGCCAGCGCGGUCUUCUCUGCCGCGCCAAAGGACGGUCCUGAACUGCGGACCUUCAUGCUUUUUGACGAGCACAUCAGUGCACUCUUUGCGGAGGGUGGUGCUAUGCCCACUACAAACUGUUUAGGAACCAGGCAAUCGGUCUUCUCCACUACCCCUUUGAUCUCCGUGGCCAUUUCUCCAGAGGAUUUCGUCCGCUCACGUAGCGCGCCGGGGGGCGGGUCCAUGUCGGAAUCGGUGUACCGAAAGACGCCGUUGCCCGUGCGACUGGACCUCAACAAGAGGAACACGCGAGAGCAGCUGAGCCAAGGCACGGAUGACCAGAGGGGCGUUUUGCAGGGCGCCGGCGUGGCUUGCCCCACCACCGAGUCACAGAAGGAUUGCAACGAGGUCAUGCGCAAAGACCUGGAGCAAUGGCUCGUAGAUCAUGGCAUUUCAGGACCACCUCCUUCUCCCGAGGUUGAGCAGAGAGCCAUGUGGCAGUGGAUUCGGGACUUUCACAAGGAAUACAGCGACGACUGGUACACCCGCAACAUGCCUCGCUUGCGAGACCAGUUUAGGCCUAUUUUUGUCCAGCAGAUGAAGCGAAUGCGAGAGCAAGAGGCCAAGGCCCAUCCAGUGGAGCCUGCCGCUGGCGAUCUCCUGGAUUUGGGGCCCUACACGCCACAGCAGGCAGAGAGAAGUCGCAAAAAGCUGGGCUUUCUCGUCCAGUUUUGUGCUGCAAAGCUGAAACCCAACCCUAUCUCGGAGGAGGAGGCUCGAGCAACCCCUUGGGGACGCACAGGCGUGAAGUCGAUUCCAGCUCCGUGGCGGAUGGGCGUUUGCGUGGAGCCCUUCCGCGCGACGAUAUGCAAGUCCUUCAUCUUGCGCGUGAAGGAUUUCUUGUGGUCGUAUUUGCACCGUGGUCGUAUGAGACCGGCACUGAGACCGGCUUAUUUGGGCAUAUUUGGGGCCAAAGGAUAG